GCACGAUUUUAGAACAACGGAAAACUCUAAAAUCCAGUAUCGCUAUAUUAUUCCCGUUUAUUAAAAAAAAGGGAAUAGAUGCGUGGUACGCAUGCGUAUAUAUUUUCCAAGGCGAACAACUAGGAAGUGAAGUUGUAAUUUAUGUAGCUUCAAAUAUUUGCGAAUAAAUUCAUUUAAACAAAAUGCAGUUGUUAAGAAAUAACAGUGAUUUUUUACGUACUUUAAGUUUUUGGUCGGUGCAAUUUGUUUCCAUCAUUGCGAUCGUCAAAAACGCAGAAGGGGCUUACGGAAACGUCGUAUCAUUACCCGGAGAGUGCCGUGACGUUAACGGUAAAAAGGUAGAACAAGAUGCUCAUUAUGUGCCGCCUGGUUCAGAUGCCUGUCGCUUAUGUUUAUGUGAUAAUGGACAUCCAAAGGCAUGCAAAGCAGUUCUUUGCACACCUCCCCACAACUGUAAAUCGUUCCAGAUUGGGAGUUCUUGUUGCGAAUUCAUUUGUCUAGAUGACACACUAAAUAAUAGUCAGGAUAAAAGUUACGAUUUUGGCAUGUGACUGGUCGCUAGCGGAGUAACCGCUACUCUUUCAUUGGCUUUGCUUUUCUUCCUAAUCAACCGAUUACGUCAAAGAAAAACACAUGUACGAGAAGUGCGACAAGCUAUUGAUGACCAAAGACACAUGGGAAGUAUUGGCUACAUCGGCGGUAAUAUUGGAUACAUAGGACCGAAUUCUCUCAAUAUGGACUACUCAUACGAGCAUGGGCCGGCAAACUAUCAACUUUGGAAACCACCAGGUAACUAUUUCGUUAGAGGAGAGGCCCCUCCGCCUUACGAAGAAGCAAUUGCCCUGGCUCAAGCAGAAUCAUUAAACACCUGCACUGUGAGUGUGGCUACUUCAACGCAGAGACAGUAUCCAAUGACUAUGCCGGAAAUGGAAACUACUCAAACAAUUACUGCAAAUACAACUAAUUUGAUCAAUAUCAAUAUCAAUAACGGAGGUAAUUUAACUACGAUAGCGACAGGUGAAAAUCACCUACGAGGUAAUGAUUCAACCCCAAAUUUGACGAAUGAGCGUGCGCAUAUUGAAGCAUUGAACGUGACUAAUGAUAUUGGUGACCAUGAGCCAUGUGCGUCAUUGCCUGCUAACUAUUAUGCUAUACCAAUAAGUACGGAGGAGGUGUGUACAAAUCAGUAUUGUAACCUGAAUUAUUCGAGUAAUCCGAACCAUUCGUUAACAAAUAAAUCUGAUGUCAAGGAUGUACAGACUUACACGAGUCAGAAUGAUUCAGCCGCUCCGCGUUUACCGGUACCGCAAGAUCCAUCGGAAAAUGUAACAAAUGGUUGCGACUAUUUAGACAAUCGCAAAAAUCAACAGCUGCCAAUAGUCAACAAUACCGUAAACGUUUCUAAUACUGCCAGUGAAGGAAUAGCAAUUGCUACAAAGCUUCGUACCCCGGGUAAGCAUCUUCACAGAACUAUUCCACGCCAUUUUGGCGCCGUUGAUCCGAUUAUAAAUCCACUGAAGAACAACCGCAGUAAUGUGAUAACAACUCAUGCAAAUACUUCAUGUAUGAACGAUACCGGUUGCAAUCUGGAGCGUGUAGAUUCUACAUUCAAUGCAACGAAACGAAUGUCUUGCCAAUGUUCUGUUCAACAUUUGCCCAUUUCAUAUUUAAAUGGGCAUUCCGUACUGAACCAACCAAAUAGCGAAUCAGCUUCACGAUUAAGCAGUGGUAACAGCAGAGAGACAGUAAUGAAAAAGCAUAGCUCAAGUGAGAUAACAAAGCAUCCCAACUUGCUACACCGCAGUGCACCCACUCAAAUGAAGCCGACACAAGCAGCAAAUGGGCACUGUAGGGGUAAUUUGAAAAAAAGUCAUGACAAGUUCGAAACUGGUGACCGAAGCACACAUUUCAAUACCAUUUAUACCAAAACACAGCGUGUCCAAUCUAAAGAUAAAUGUAUAAGUAAUGUGCCGGACACGGACAACCAUAAUGUUCUGAAAAAACAAAAUUCAUUAUCAAAGAAAAAAGUGUUCUCCCAAAACUCAAUUAAGAAUUUAAAUUCAGCUUUAAGUAACGGGCCUGGAAAAACUGAGCGGAAUUGCAAUUUAUUAAGAUUAGAUACUGAUGUGCGAAUUCCAGCCAUUGUCCAGUCACACUCCUCUAAUGAUGAAAAUAUACAAACAAAAAUAAUGAGCUAUGCAGCGACCAACACAACUAUCGAACAAAAUCCCGAACUCCCACCUAAAAUGUAUAAGCACUACAACAAUCGGUCCACGGAAACUCACCAGAACUCGUACUACAGUAAUUCAAAAACACACGCCAUUUCCAAACCAUCCAAUGAUAAUUCGAAAUUUUCUAUUUCAACCUCUAGCUCUGUUGGUUUGUUGAGAAACGUUGAGAAAACACAGAAAAACUAUUCAAAGUCAUUGCCGAGAAAUGUUAUUUCAGCUAGUCACGGAUAUACGCAAAUCAGUAAAAGCCCAGUACAACCAUAUAGUAUUCCUGAUAAUAGUAUUGCGAAUGUAAACUUCAAUACAUUGCCAAAGAAAACAAAUAAACCGAGUACACGUAGUUCAAAUUUAUUAACGGAAGUAGUUAAUAAAGUACCAUCCGUCAUUAAUAUACCAUCAUCUCUGCUAACUGAAGUGAGCCAAAGACAAACACAGCAAUCAACUAGCAAGCAGUCAAUGAAAAUUAUACCAAAUGAAGGCUACACACGACAUUCUGCUGCUGCUGCUGCGGUCAUCAGUGUUUCGAAGAAUACGGCGAAAAUGGAGAAACCGCUGCCCAUAUUUACAACCUCGAACAAUUGUGCUAAUCCAAAAGAGCAUUUUCUUCCCAACGAUAAUAGUCUUGACGAUGACUAUCUGAGUGAAUGUGAGAAUUGUAAGUCUGCGCAUGGCUCACGCUAUUAUUUAGAAGAAGAUAUCGACGACAUUCCUCAAGAGACAAUGACUUUACAACGAAAAAUGCCAGAAAACGAAGAGGAUCAACAGAAUUACUAUCGUGUCUCAUCAACGCUGCCGACCAAUACAAAUCGAAAGACACCAACUACUAAAAAUAGGGAGACUUGGUUCACAACCAUACCAGCAAGUUCAUCGUCUGAGGAAGAGGAAGCAGCGGAAUAGGAUAGCGCUGAUUGCCUUUCGCGAAACCAUUGUACGAUCUAUCAAUUUGUUUUCAACACCUAAAUACAUCAUUCCUAGUAUGUUUUGUGCUGGCCACUAGUCAAUAAUGUUUUGUUAUUUUAUUCUAACUAUGUCAAGUUAUGUUUAUACAGUACGAUGAAAAAAUUACAGAGAUGAAAUUUAUAUGCAAUUAGGCAAAACGUCAAAAAACUAAA